CAGUGCCAGUGAUUCACAUUUUCAGGCCUAUCUUCUUGAGGGCUUGAUGCGCUGGAAUGAUGACAGGAUGGAAGAUGCCAUAAAAGGAGCGUCCUCCAUCCGGACAUAUGGCAGUGCCAUGAAAGAGGCUGUGGACAAGCUUUCCCGAACUGUCUUCGGAAAGCCCUGGGAUGAGCGCUAUCGCCCUCCUGGAGCAUAUACAGGUGAAUUGCUAGGAAUGGAGUACCUUUACAGCCAGACUGGCAAAACACUUACUCCAGUGCUCCAGAACCCAGAGGAGGAAGACAGGCUGGUGGAGGAAGUUGAUGAUCAGGACCUGCAAGAUGAGGGGUUUGAGGAAGAGAUCAUGGAGGACAUCACAGUUCCAGUGCUGUAUGAGGAUGACCCUUGCCGUGAUCUUGAAAACAGCCCCUCAUCUUUGCCUCUGCAUCAGUCCCCAGCAUCGAUGGCUGAUGUGUCACUGGCUGAGCCGUCCACAUCAUCAUCUCCUGGUGGAGAACAACAGCAUCUUGCCCCUGCCCCUUCAGUACUGUCACAGUCAUCUGACACUGGAAGCAGUAUUUCCGACGAGGCUCAGGGAGCAGUCAUUGGACCCGAUGGCAUCGCUGGGUGGGACAAGGUCCAGGAUUUGGCUGGUUACCUGGUGGGUCUUCGUGAGGCUCCUUACCUUACUGACCAGCAGGUGACAGAGGCCAUCCAGCUGUGGACAGCUCUCCUAGAUUUCGAUAAGCAGCGGAUCAACUAUCAGCCUCGACAUCAGCCUCAGCUGACACAGGGGCGCUAUAAGGCACCGAAGCGGUCUGGAGUCACACCAGGUGUGGAGAGUGUGAAACGGUGUCUGAUUGGACAUCCUGGGGGUCCAGCGCAGUGGCCCGACGCCAACCGAUUGGUUAAUACCAUUUGUAUGAAGUUGUGUGCUUUACACAAGUCGCCAACCAAGAAAGAUGGAGUUUGCACCCCCAGGUGGUCUAAAGUUCUUUCAGAUUACCACCACAUCCGAGAGUUGGUGCUUAACAAUCCCACUCUGAUGGAUGAAACAACGAUCCAGCUGUUUGAGAUAAACCAUAGGACACUCACUCAGUGGUUUCGUAAGUGGAAGAAUAGACAGGAAAUGGGCGUCCUCUGUCAGGGUCUGACUCCAUCUAACCCAAUUGCUGUGGCUGAUACGCACCUGCCUCCACCGAGGGAAAAAUUGAAUGAAGUGCCAUCGACAUCAGGCCCAAAACAUCAAUUUUUCCUUCCACCAAAUCGUGAAGGACAGGCUCCUCUUCUGCGACCAGGUCGAAAGCCAGCUGCUGCCACCAGGGAGUUUCCCAUUGCAUCCGCCCCCACAGCAUCAGGAGUUGUGCAGCCCAUCGCACCUGCCCCCACAGCAUCAGGAGUUAUGCAGCACAUUUUGGCCCCCAUCGCACCCGCCCCCACAGCAUCAGGAGUUGUGCAGCCCAUUUUAGCCCCCAUCGCACCUGCUCCCACAGCAUCAGGAGUUAUGCAGCACAUUUUAGCACCGGGGUUGUCGUUUGGCACGGUAGUCUUUAAUCCAGACAUGACUGUGUCAGUUGUGAUUCCACCUUCUGGUGCUUCGACAUCCAGUGCAGUCCCAGCUCCGCCUGCUCCGGCGUCUGCUGCUCCUGUGUCCCGUUACACGCAAAGGAACAGGCGCCGACGGGCUAUGGAGAAUGAAAGUGGUGUCCAGAAGAGGAAGUAUGUGCGAGGGGUUACUUUUAACACGUGCAGCAAAUGUGGGCAGCCCAAAACGAAAGAGUUUGGCCAUAGCCGAUAUGGUAAUGCCACAUUUUGCUUGCGUGCCUCAAAUGGCAAAUCUUUAGAGGAAUGGUUGGCAGAGCAGCGCCAGCAAGAAACAUGUCAAACUCCACCACCUCAAUAAAUAACAUCUUUCCUGUAUAUAUUGUACAUAUGUGUGCGUGUGUGUGCUGUGAUCAUUUCAAUAUUUGUGUGUAUUUAUUUUAAUAAAACAUUUUACAUCUGAA